AGUAGUCUCCGCACCAUGGCGGGUCCUGUCAGCUUGCGAGAGCUUCUAAUGGGCGCUUCAGCCUGGACAGGCUCUGAAAGUCCCGAGGGGUCCCCUACAGAGGGUGGUGGGAGCGCUGCUGGCGGAGCGGAGCCUCCCUGGCGGGAGGAUGAGAUUUGCGUGGUGGGAAUCUUCGGCAAGACGGCUCUGCGCCUGAAUUCCGAGAAGUUUUCACUUGUGAACACGGUGUGCGACCGACAGGUCUUUCCCCUUUUUCGCCACCAAGAUCCUGGAGACUCGGGGGCUGGAAUCAGGACCGAGGCUGGGGCCGUCGGGGAGGAUGGUGGGGCUGGGGACCCUGGGGCCGGGGCCGGGGCCGGGGAUCCAGUCCGGGGAGGCGUAGCUGCCGCGGAAGGGAACCGAACUGAGCCAGGUUCCCAGGACUAUAGCCUUCUGCAAGCCUAUUACAACCAGGAAAGCAAAGUUCUUUAUCUUCUCCUCACUUCCAUCUGUGACAAUUCCCAGCUUCUGCGGGCUUGUCGGGCCCUUCAGAGUGGGGAAGCUGGAGGUGGCCUUUCUUUACCUCAUGCAGAAGCGCACGAGUUCUGGAAGCAUCAAGAGAAACUGCAGUGCCUCAGUCUCCUUUACCUUUUCUCUGUUUGUCACAUCCUGCUUCUGGUCCAUCCCACUUGUUCCUUUGACAUCACUUAUGAUCGAGUAUUCAGAGCCCUGGAUGGACUGAGACAGAAAGUACUGCCCCUCCUCAAAACAGCCAUUAAGGAUUGUCCGGUUGGCAAAGACUGGAAGCUAAACUGCAGACCUUGCCCACCUCGACUCCUUUUCCUCUUUCAACUCAAUGGGGCACUCAAGGUGGAACCGCCUCGGAACCAAGACCCAGCUCAUCCAGACAAACCCAAGAAGCAUUCUCCCAAAAGGAGACUGCAGCAUGCCCUGGAAGACCAGAUCUAUAGAAUCUUCCGGAAGAGUCGUGUCUUGACUAAUCAGAGUAUCAACUGCCUCUUUACUGUGCCUGCCAAUCAAGCUUUUGUGUACAUAGUUCCUGGGAGCCAGGAGGAGGACCCAGUAGGCAUGUUGCUGGACCAACUUAGGAGUCAUUGUACUGUGAAAGACCCUGAAUCUUUGCUGGUGGUCCCUGCACCCCUUUCUGGGUCCAGGCGAUACCAGGUGAUGAGGCAGCACAGCCGACAACAGCUUUCUUUCCACACUGACACCAGCAGUUCCAGUUCUUCGGCACAGCUAGUGGAUUUCACUCUCCGGGAAUUCCUAUGGCAGCAUGUAGAGCUAGUACUAAGCAAGAAAGGUUUUGAUGACAGUGUGGGCAGGAACCCGCAGCCUUCCCAUUUUGAACUUCCUACUUAUCAGAAGUGGAUCUCAGCAGCUUCAAAACUGUAUGAAGUAGCUAUCGAUGGGAAAGAGGAGGACCCAGGAUCUCCCACCGGGGAGCUAACAUCUAAGAUUUUAAGCAGUAUUAAAGUCUUGGAAGGGUUUUUGGAUAUUGACACAAAGUUCUCAGAGAACCGAUGCCAAAAAGCAUUACCCAUGGCCCAUAGUGCCUACCAGUCAAAUUUGCCUCAUAAUUACACGAUGACUGUCCAUAAGAAUCAGCUUGCCCAGGCUCUUCGAGUGUACAGUCAACAUGCUAGGGGCCCAGCCUUUCAUAAAUAUGCCAUGCAAUUACACGAGGACUGCUACAAGUUUUGGAGCAAUGGCCAUCAGCUCUGUGAGGAGAGGAGUUUAACUGAUCAACACUGUGUACAUAAAUUUCACUCCUUACCUAAAUCAGGAGAAAAACCAGAGGCUGAUAGAAACCCUCCUGUGCUAUAUCACAAUAGCCGAGCUCGAUCCACUGGUGCCUGUAACUGUGGAAGGAAACAGGCACCUCGAGAUGAUCCCUUUGAUAUCAAGGCAGCUAACUAUGACUUUUAUCAGCUUCUGGAAGAAAAAUGUUGUGGAAAAUUGGAUCACAUCAAUUUCCCAGUAUUUGAACCAAGUACUCCAGAUCCUGCUCCUGCCAAAAACGAAUCAUCUCCUGCCCCUCCAGAUGCAGAUGCUGAUAAACUUAAAGAAAAAGAACCUCAAACCCAAGGAGAGAGCACAAGCCUGAGUUUAGCUUUAAGUUUAGGCCAAUCCACAGAUAGUUUAGGUACCUAUCCAGCUGAUCCACAAGCGGGAGGAGAUAAUCCAGAAGUUCAUGGUCAAGGAGAAGUAAAAACUGAAAAGAGACCAAACUUGGUUGAUCGACAGGCAUCCACAGUUGAAUAUCUCCCAGGCAUGCUACAUUCAAAUUGCCCCAAAGGUCUCCUACCCAAGUUCUCCAGCUGGUCUUUGGUGAAACUAGGCCCUGCAAAGUCUUAUAACUUUCAUACUGGUUUGGACCAACAGGGCUUCAUUCCAGGAACAAACUAUCUUAUGCCUUGGGACAUUGUCAUCAGGACUAGAGCUGAAGAUGAAGGAGACUUAGACACAAAUUCUUGGCCUGCUCCAAAUAAAGCGAUUCCUGGAAAGAGAAGUGCAGUGGUAAUGGGAAGAGGGAGACGGCGAGAUGACAUAGCACGAGCAUUUGUGGGCUUUGAAUAUGAAGACUCUCGAGGUCGAAGAUUUAUGUGCUCAGGACCUGACAAAGUAAUGAAAGUAAUGGGAAGUGGGCCCAAGGAAUCAGCUUUAAAAGCCCUGAAUAGCGAUAUGCCCUUAUACAUUCUGUCGUCAUCUCAGGGUAGAGGGCUAAAACCACACUAUGCUCAACUUAUGAGGCUUUUUGUUGUGGUUCCGGAUGCUCCUUUGCAGAUAAUACUGAUGCCUCAGGUUCAGCCAGGCCCACCGCCAUGUCCAGUAUUCUACCCAGAAAAACAAGAAAUCACUCUCCCACCUGAUGGCCUCUGGGUUUUGAGAUUUCCUUAUGCCUACGUGACUGAGAGAGGACCUUGUUUCCCUCCGAAGGAAAAUGUGCAGUUGAUGAGUUACAAGGUGCUCCGUGGGGUUCUUAAAGCAGUAACACAAUAAGUGUUUUCCAGCCAGUGCAGUCCUAAAACUGGAGCUGAGUUUUGGUUUUGGUGUGUAUGGGGUGUUUUUUGGUAUGUGAUACUGUUUCCUUGAACCCAAAUUGUGUUUUGGUUAUAGGAGUUCAGUAUUCGGACAAUAAUUUUUCCACGAUUUCAUGAUGUUGUUGAUAUUUAUUAUAAAUGGGGGUACAACUUCCUAAUAAACAUUGUUUAUUCUAGAAAAGGACAUAAAAUACAUGGUUGAUACCUCGAUUUUCUCUUGUUUCUGUUUCACUGUCCAUAAUAAAACAUAUUUCUAUUGUAAUUGAAUGUUGCAUUAUCAUGUUGAGCCAAAGCUUUGUUUUUGCAAAAAUGGUGUUUUAGCUGGGAUUUUCCUUAAAAAGCUGCACCUGAAAUUAUCUUUAAAACAAGAUGAUCCAAAAAAAAAAUAAACAAAAUGAUCCAGUAGAUUAUCUGGUAAUUGUAUGAGGACUUAAUUGCAAAAAAAAAUGCCCUAAUGUUUGGCUCACAGUUCUGGUACCUGAGUUACAUUGUUUUAUUCUCACCAUUUUAUUCUUGGACUGAUGAGAUACCAUAUUUUAAAUGAAUGCUCUCUGAACUAAAACUUAUUUAUCCAGAAUGUUAGUACACAAUUUAUUCUUUGAAAAUUGCUAUACUGUGAAACAGUUUGCUUAGUGAUCAAAAUUUUUUCAAUUCAUAUCAGUGCUAACUUUCACCAGCAUCAGCAUGAUGACACUAAUGUAUCACUAAUUAGCUAAGUGUGCCAGAUAAGUUAAUAUGCCAGUUCUAGUGUAAUUGAUUAUAUUUUCCUGGACACAUUCGUUUUGAAAUGCUGAGCAAAUAGAAUUGGAGAUUUUAGUUGCAGUAUAUGAGGGUGAGUCAAAAAUUAUCUGCACUCCGGUUAUAUUAAAACUUUUGUAAAUUCUACAGCCAGAGUGUGGAUAAUUUCUGACUCACCCUCAUAUAUGAAAUGUAGCAUUUGUUUAACACAUCUUGCUACCACCUUAAAAUAGUUACUUAGGUUUUGACUUUAAAAUCUAUAGAGAGAAACACAUAACUAGCAGCCAAUUUAAAACUGAUUUAAUUAGAUGUAUUUUUAUGCCUAUGUUACUGUAGUUUAAUUAGGAGGAGAAUCUGAGCCAAUGUGAACAUUAGUCUAUAUUCUUUCAUCCCAUCCUUAUUUUUCAUCCUUUUCCUUUACAUCUUUCAUUCCUUUUAUAUCCGUUUUUAAAAUCACAGUUACUUUUGUAUUAAGCAUAGUCCUUUGUUGUUCCAUUUGGGAAAUAUAGCUAGAUUGCUCUGUAGGACAUGUACUAAUAGUUGUUUUGUUUUUUAAUAGCCUCUAAGACUUGACUAACAGGUUGUGUGAACUUGUAGGCCAAAAGAACUGUAAGAAAGUAGUUUAUGAGAACAGAUAGGUUUCAGAAGAGCAAACCUGUGUCUUUUUUGCUUUAUUUCUUUUUUGAUGUCAUUCUACAUGGAACAACUUUACAUUAUUGCUUAAAUUAGUAAGUGAUUGAUUUGGUUAUAGAAGCCACCCUAAUUUGAAUUUCUAUAGCAUUUUUAAACACCAAACUUUUUUUUUUUUAAAGUAUUUACAAUGUUGUGUUAGUUUCUGGUGUACAGCAAAGUAUUUCAGUUAUACACACACAUAUAUAUACAUAUUCUUUUUCACAUUCUUUUCCAUUAUGGUUUAUUACAGGAUAUUGAAUAUAGUUCCCGGUGCUAUACAGUAGGACCUUGUUUAUCUUUUUUUUUUUUUCACCCGCACCUUGUGGCUUGUGGGAUCUUAAUUAGUUCCCCGACCAGGAAUUGAACCUGGGCCACAGCACUGAAAGCACAGAGUCCUAACCACUGGACCACUAGGGAAGUCCCUAUCAUUUUAUAUAGAGUAGUUUGUAUCUGCUAAUCCCCAAUUCCUAAUUUAUUCCUCCCCCACUCCCUCCCUUUUGUUAACCAUAAGUUUGUUUUCUAUGUCUGUGAGUCUGUUUCUGUUUUGUAAAUAAGUUCAUUUGUGUCAUAUUUUAGAUUCCACAUGUAAGAUAUCGUAUGGUAUUUGUCUUUCUCCUUCUGACUGACUUCACUUAGUAAAUACAAAACUUUUAUGCUAUUUGUACUUAUAACUUGCUUAAGAGACAGUUGGCAGCACUUCUUCAUGCUUGUUUUUAUCCAUAAAUAGGUUUACAGGGUGUUAUAUUAGAGAAAUGUGGACUAUGCAAUCUGUAUUGCUUACUACCUUUUUCUUUAGUCAUACAAACCUUAUUUCAGCAAACUUCAAACGUGAUGGCUUUAUUAAAGAAAUUAUAUUUCUUCUGGAGCAGCAUUUGCAUUGUCCUUUGCUUAGUAGAUUUUUUUUUUUUUGAGAUAUAAGCAGAUGUUUCAAAUUGAUUCUUUUUUAAGAAUCAGGACAGAAGGGCAU